AUGGCUCUUAAGGCGUUUGGGUUCGUGCGUGAAUAUGAGAUUAAUAAUUUGUAUCAUAAAAAUCCAGAGCACAUACUUGAUUUAUUAAGUUUCUACUUCCUCCCUGUGCCCCACAAUGAUCCUGAUAUGAACAAGCAACAUGAUAAGAGGAAGAAUAAGGCCGAUUUCUUAAGCUUCUUUCGCCAUCUUUGGAAUAAGAAGUCUGAUCAUAAGAAAAUUAGUAAGCAACGGAGGUUGAGUCCUCCAACUAUAACUGAGCUCUUUGAGGCUGGUGUCACCAUCAAAGCAGCAGAAAAAGAAAAUUUAUGUUUCAUGAACAUAAGCUUUAAAAAUGGGGUCUUAGAAAUCCCACCUAUAGUUAUUGAAGGUACCUUUGAAGUUGUGAUACGAAACGUGUUAGCAUUUGAGAUUUUCCCUGCAGGAAAUCAGAAGAAGUAUGCAAUCCAAUACGUGACAUUUUUGGAUGACUUGAUAAGCACAGAGAAAGAUUUGUGUUUACUUGUGAAGGCUGGGGUUAUAACCAACGAUACCGGUGGUAGUGAUAAAGAAGCUUCAGAAUUGUUUAACAGUCUUACUAAACUUGUGACCACCCCAUUGUCUUCCUACUUUGAUGAUACCAGCAAAGCUUUACGUGUGCAUUGCGAUGGAUCAUGGAACAAGGCCAAAGCUUCACUCAAACAUAACUAUUUCAAUACGCCAUGGGCUAUUAUCUCCUUCUUUGCUGCAAUUUUCCUCAUUAUUCUUACCAUCCUUCAAACCAUAUUCUCCGCUAUUUCUGCAUUUCCUAACUAA